CGCUGCCGGUUGAAAGGCCGUGGCGCGCUCCGAGCGGCGUCCCUCCCGCCCCCACUCUGUGACCGGCAAAGGCGGCGUGCUCCUAUUGGCAGCCCGGGCUCAGCGAAGGGGGGACGCUGUUAGACUUGUGGAGGGAGGCAAGGAUUUUGGAAUCAAAACAGUCGCACAAAGAACACAUUUCCAUGUUAUCUCGGGUGAUGAAUGGAUUUGAGGUCUCCAUCACAGGUGCCAAGGAAAACCUUAAGAGUAUCUGUAGUAAAGGACAUUGACCACUCCAAGGUGGAUUGGUAAUAAUGAAGAUACCUUGUAAAUUCUUCCCAUUUCCACGGUUUCAGAAGAUUUUACUAUCUCUUCAUUUACAAUCAAGAUAUGCAGACAGAAAUGUAAAGCAAGCCAGAAGUAAAACAUCAGGUCCAGCAUCCAGUGGAACACAGAAUGGUGCAAUUGAACUCUUUGGAAAAUUCUAUCCUCGUGAUGACUAUACAAACGUUACACCAAAGAUUUUGUCUAAAGUGGGGAAAUGUUUACAGAACCAAAGAAGCCACCCAUUAUGGCUGAUUAAAGAGCGCAUUAAGGACCAUUUCUAUACACAUUAUUUGAGUCACCAUAGGAGUCCACUCUAUUCCGUGUAUGAUGAUCUGUCCCCUGUGGUUACCACAGAGCAGAACUUUGACAGUUUACUUAUACCGCCAGAUCAUGCAAGCAGAAAGAAAGGUGAUAACUUUUACCUCAAUAAAACAAACAUGCUGAGGGCUCAUACUUCUGCUCACCAACGAGAUCUUAUUCGUGCAGGCCUCAAUGCCUUUCUGGUAUUUGGAGAUGUUUAUCGACGAGAUGAAAUUGACAAAAGUCACUAUCCAGUCUUCCACCAAGUGGAAGGAGUCAGACUAUUUACAAACCAUGAGCUGUUCGCUAAUGUGCAAAAUGGUGAGGAGCUGAAUAUUUUUGAGAAGGGAUCCCGCACAGCCUAUAAGCAAGAGAGCCACACAUUGGAAGCUGUUAAGCUACUUGAGUUUGAUUUGAAACAGACACUGAACAAAGUCAUGACACAUCUCUUUGGAAAAGGACUGGAAAUUAGAUGGGUGGAUUGCUAUUUCCCAUUUACACAUCCUUCAUUUGAAAUGGAGAUCAAGUUCCAGGAAGAAUGGCUGGAAGUCUUGGGUUGUGGAAUCAUGGAGCAACAACUGGUAAACUCAGCUGGUGCUCAAGACAGGAUUGGAUAUGCUUUUGGCCUGGGUCUUGAACGACUGGCCAUGAUUUUGUAUGGAAUACCAGACAUACGGUUGUUUUGGAGUGAGGAUGAAAGAUUUCUCAAACAAUUUCAGGUUACUCAUAUUGACCAGAAAGUCACAUUUCAGCCAUUUAGCAAAUACCCACCUUUAGUAAAUGACAUCUCUUUUUGGAUUCCACGAGAUGGAUAUGAAGAAAAUGAUUUCUAUGAUUUGGUGCGUAAUAUUGGCGGAGAUCUGGUGGAGAAGGUCAGCCUCAUCGAUCAGUUUAGACAUCCCAAGACAGAAAAGAUCAGCCACUGCUAUAGGAUUACCUAUCGCCACAUGGAACGAACGCUGACCCAAGAGGAGGUGUGCACCAUUCAUCGAGCUAUUGAGAAAGGAACCGUGGAGAAACUGGGAGUGGAAGGCAGAUUUUAAAUCAGGAGAACAAUGGAAUGUUUCUAAAUUUACCUGUCAAUCUUUUUGUGCAGAAGAAAAGUAUGAAUUAAGAAAACAUUGUAAUUAAGACAAAACUGGAUUUCAGUAAAGUGGAAUACUUUGGAUGAAUAUGGCAUAUCUUCAUGUAUUUGAAAGAAUAACUUGCACUGUAAAACAGGAAAGUUUUCUCUGAGAGUUUAUGCUGUACUCCAUGUUAAUUGGCUCCAAAGACCUGAACUUCAUCAACAAAGUACAGGGGGCGUCAUACAUUUAGUAUGAUGGAGUAUACCUUUGAACUCCUCACCUUGGGUUGAUUCUUAACAAUACAUGUUUGAUUCUGUCCUGGACAGAACUGAUAGUUUCCUGAAUGAAAUGAAAAUAAAUGCAGACAUCUGUGUGGUGACCAUAUAUUGAAGCAUAUGAUGGAACGAAGAUAUAGUCCUUCAUGAAUCUCCAUAACUAAAUCAUUUCAUUGGGUAGUAGCCAUUAAUUUCAUUAGUGACUCACCUAAUCCCUUGCCAUCACUGAUGAAGGGUCAGCAUAAAAACUGAACAGCACAAACAACUGAAAUUGGGGUUACUACUGAUGUUCUCAUAGGUGACAGUGCACUUAAAAUCGAAGUGCCAAUGGCUUACGCAGGCAGAAUUUGCUAGUGCACCCAGGAAGGCUUCUGGAGAUAAUAUGUAGAUAGUCCAACUAGGGAUUGGUCUGUUCUGGACCUUAGAUUAGGGAAUGAUCCUGGCCAGGUGAUUGAAGGUUCAUUUGGGGUGUAUAUGGAAAUGGUGACCAUAAUUCUAUAAGUUUUAAUAUACUGUAGAUUUGGAUAAAGAUGAGAUUGGCCCUUGGGUAAAAGUACUAAAUUAGGGGAAGGCUAAUUGCAACAGUAUUAGGCAGGAUCUAAAGAAAGUAGACCAACUUUUGGAGGGUAAAUCUACAUCUAAUAUAUAAGAGUCAUUAAAGGCUAAUUGAUUAAAGUUCAUGGCGAGAAUGUUCCUGUGAGAAUGAAAAUAAGGAUGGCAAGCUUCAGGAACAUUGGAUGACGCAAACAUUUCCAAGUUUUGUCAAAAAGUUAAAGGAAAUGUAAGGUUUACAAAGCUGAAAUCUGACAAGGUCCUUGAGAAAUAUAGAGAAAGCAGGAAAGAACUUAAUGAAGAAAUUAGGAAAGCUAAAAUGAGCUAUGAAAUGCUCUUGUGAAAUUGAAUUAUGAGGAAUCUCUAAGUAUUUUAUACAUUAAUACAUUACAGAUGGGUAGAAUUUGUUAGGUGCACCCAGGAGGGUUCCUGGAGAUGAUAUGUAGAUAGUCCAACUAGGGACUAGUCUGUACUAGAGCUAAGAUUAGAGAAUGAUCCUGGCCAGGUGACUGAGGAUUCAUUAAGGCAUUUGACAAGGUUCCUGAUGGUAGGAUGCUCCAGAAGGUUAAGUCAUAUGUGAUUCGCCUUGGGUUGGUAGAUAGGAUUCAAAAUUGGCUUGGUCAUGGAAGAUACAGAAGAUAGGGUAUAGUGGUAGAGGGCUGUUUUUCUGAUUGGGUGUCUGUAAAGAUCAGAGCUAGAUAUGUGAUGUUUUUUAAAGCUUAAUAAUUUGGAUAAAAGUGUAGGUGGCCUGAUUGGUAAGUUUGUGGAUGACAUGAAAAUCCGUGGAGUCGUGAAUAGCAAGGAAAUUCGUUAAGUGAUUUUGACCAGUUGGAAGUUAGGGCAGCGUAGAUGAUAACUUAAAAACUGCAUCCUUUGUUGACAGAAAUGCAACCUGCUGAUAAAAUAUCCUUACUUUUAGAUAAAAUUCAGGACCCACACAUUCAGUGAAGUAGAAACGUAUCAAGGAAAAGCACCUAGACAUUAUUGAGAUAUGUUGUACUGACGGUGGGUGAGGACCCCAAAACUUUGUGUGCAAUAGAAAAGACCUUGCACUGUAAGCACACAAAUCUUUCUUAUAAUGGAGCUACCAGAGGAAAUUCAGUAGGUCAUAGAGACAGAGUGCACUGAUAGGGAAUGCAGAGGAUGGGGACUUGUAAGAGAUAGGCAGAAUCUGGUGUUGUCCUAGGUAGGAAGAGCAAAUGGUGGAACAGGGCCUCAGAGGUUGGAAUGGGCCAUUAGGUAGACACACCAUUGACCGGUGACUUGAAUUAAAGAUUGACUACUAAUACAUCUGGGGGUGAGGUGGGGUGACCAAAGGGCAUUCUCAGUGAAACGGGGCAUCUGAGUGUGAAAGGUAAAAGUAAACCUUAAAGGGAACUACCAUUAGGAUUCAUAGACCUUAAAAGAGCCAUGGAUUUGAUAAGGCUUUUGAGUCUAACUUCUUUAAAUUCAGGUAGCAACAGGACUCCCCUGUAUCGAAAAAGUCUGAGUUGCCUUUGUGGUUUGUAUGUGGAAGUACUUUAUGCUUGAGUCAUGUCAAAAUAUACUUUGCAUGCAUGGAUGCCUUCCAGCCAUAAGCACAGCAUGCGCCAUGGAUUUAGAACAAAAUUGUGUUCAGUGAGAAUUAUAUGUGGGGUGUGUGUUGGGAUUUUAAUUGUUUCCUUGCAUAGCUUCUCCGUGGAUUGUCAUCUUAUCGUGGUGGUCCUGAGAUCCCAAGAGCGAUGUCGUCUGGAGCUAUGCUCCUGGUAGGGUCACCCAUGGCGGUAAGGUCGAGGGUGAGGUCCCUGACAAAGAACAAUCCAACCAAGACCUCAGUGGUGGAACAGGCGGAUGGAGUUACUUCAAAGUCAACACCUGUGAAGGAGGAUGAAGGCUGCAACAAAUCCAUCAGCUCCAAUCGUCAUGGUUUCCAUGCCAUUGGAAUCAGUUGGUUGAUUUGUGAAGUAUCGUGUGCUUCUUGGAGUGCAACAUCAAGUACACAUUAAACAAAUACACGCACAGGUGUCUUCACUCUGUGGGCCACUUCUUCAGAACGAAGACAAUCGUCCUCGACCUCGAGGGAUAGCAAUGAUGAUGCAUAGCACAGAAAAGGCUGUACCAAUGUGAAGCUUUCUGUCCAGAAAAACUUAGUGUAUCUUUCUGCUUAUUUCAAUCUCUCCAUUUUUUUCUCAUGAAUGUGUGAUGAUUACGAAUUUGAUUUGGUGCUCAAAUCUACCAUCUCCUCUUGACUCACUGAGAAAGUGACUGUUACAGGGCCAUCAGAUCACUUUGGUGUCAAAUGCUGCUGUGCCUCUUAAAAGGUAUUCCAUCCAAAGGGAGAAGACAGUAUAAUAUGCAAUUUUACUUCCAUGUAUCACAGAUAUGCAUAUUCAUUGAAGGGCUUUAAUCUAAUACCAUCAGGAGUAUAGAUCUCAUUCAUAUUAUAAUGAAAUAACUACUACAUGACUAUCCCAGAAAUAAGAAAUUAUUUAAAUUUAACUCUAAAAUUCUUUAUAGAAGCUAAAUUCAAGACAAAAUGGGACAUCUGUUUCAUAAUUCCCCUUAGAAUUCCUGAAAGCCAACAAACUGCUGGGUUGUGUGAACGUUGUCCUGUUGGCCAUUGACUGGAAGAGAAUAGAAAAUUCUAAAUGAACCAAUUUUGUAUUAUACUUUUGAAAAUGUGUCUUCAGAGUCAUUGAAUCACAGAAAGAAGACAUGCAAGCUAUCAAAUCCCUAACUUUACUGAUCCCAUUUACCAACUUCUCUCAAAUGUUAUGAGAAUACCUGCCUCCACCACCCCUUCAGUCCUUGUGCUCUAAGUUCCAACCACCCUCUGGGUGAAAGAGUCUUCAGAUCCCCUUUAAACCACCUAUCUUUUUUCCUUUCUUGACUUAGCUGCCUGAGGGGGAAUGUUUCCUACUACUUAUUUAUUGAAGCCCCUCAUAAGUUUGAAUAUCUCUUAGAAGUACUCCCUCAGCCUCUGUAGUUCCAAGGAAAAAGGUCCAGCCUAUCUAAUCUCUGUAUCUAAAAUAUUCCAUCCCUCAGGCAGUAUCUUGUCAAAUCUCCUAUACUCUUUCUACAUACAAGCCUAUCCUUCAAUUGGUGGCAAUCAGAACUGCACUCCACGGUCUUGCUAUGGAUUAACCAAACCAUUACAAAGAUUACUCUAACCUCCCUGCUCUUAGAUUCUGUUACUUGGCAAAUGAAGCCAGGUAUCCCAGUAUUCUUUCAACUAUCCUUUCCAGGACAUCAGAGAUGUCCUCCUUCUUCAAAGAACGGGGUUGCUUUCCUCUACCAUUGAUGAUGCCCUCCAUUUCUCCAUCCACACUCACCCUAUCGUCCUGCCACCUUAAUAGGGAUAGUUUCUCUUGUCCUUAUCAACCACCCCAUGAGCCUCCACAUCUAACACAUCAUUCUCCACAAUGUUUGCCACCUGCAAAUGAAUCCUACCACCAAAAAUAUCGUUACUUCCCUCUCUCCGGUUUCUGCAGGCUUGCUGCCUCCAUAAUUCCCUUAUCCAGUCAUCCUUCCCCACUAAUCUCCCUCCUGGCACUUAUCCCUACCAUCAGCCCAAGUGCUACACCUGCCCAUUCACCUCCUCCCUCACCUACAUCCAGGGCGCCAAACGGUCUUUCUAGGUGAGCAAACACUUCAGCUGAGAAUCUGCUGAUGUCUAUUGCGUCAGUGCUCCCAAUGAAGCCUCCUCUACAUUGGUGAGACCCGUCAUACAUUGGUGAACUGCUUCAUCAAGCACCUCUGCUCCUUCCGCCAAAAGUGGAACCUCCUGGUGGCCAAACACUUUAAUUCUGAUUCCCAUUCCCAUUCCGACAUGCCAGCCCUUAAAAUCCUCUUGUGCCACAAUGAGACGAUCCUCAGGAUGGAGGAACAACACUUUAUAUUCCAUCUGGGUAGCCUCCAAUCUGAUGGCAUCAAUAUCGAUUUCUCUUUCUGGUAAAAAAAAAUUAUUUCUCCCUCUCAUCAUCUCCUAUUCCCCACUCUGGCCUCUUUUCAUCUGCUUCCCUUUCUCCUAUGGUCUGUUCUCCUCUCCUAUCAGAUUCCUUCCUCUCCAGCCCUUUACCUUUCCCACCUACCUAGCUUCACUUAUUACCUUCUAGAUAUCCUCCUUCCCCUCCCCCCCGCCUCUUUAUUCUGGCGUCUUCCGUUUCCUUUCCAGUCCUGAAGGUGGGUCUCAGCCUGAAACAUUGACUGUUUAUUCAUUUCCCUUGAUGUUCCCAGGCCUGCUGAGUUCCAGCAUUUUGUGUGUGUUGCUUUGGAUUUCCAGUAUCUACAGACUUUCUUGUGUUUACAGGUAUCCCAAUCGUCGUCUUCACCAUUUUGUCUACCUGUGAUGCCACAUACAGAGAUCUUUGGACUAAAGCUUCUGUGCUCCUCAAUACUUGCUGAUAUUCUACUAUAGAUUCAGUAUGAAUAAGACUAGCCUGAAUCUCACUGAAGCAACUUUAUUGCAUCAAUAUCAGGUUUGUCAGUAAAAGAGGCCUGAUAUCAAGAUUACCCUUUAAGAUCUAAAUCUAAUUUCUGUACACCAUUUCCCACAUAUCUAUCAACUCUCCUGUAACUAAAAUUGUUGUCUGACCUCUGUCUGACAACUUGCGGCUUUGUGCCAAUUUGAGCCAUUUGAUUGAAUAAGAUGGAUCAGCCAACUUACCUGGACACUUUUACUAGUCAAAUCCUCAAGAAAAAUUGCUCAAAAUGAUAACAGAUUCUAUGUGUGAAAUUAAAAAAUAAGAUGAAUAGAACUCAUGACCAAGGUUAAUCUGCAGCAGAGUGAAAGAGUGAGUCAAAUAAGGUGUUAUGAAACAUUACAAAGAAAAUUCUUGCAGAUGCUUUUCCUUCAGUGAGAGUUGUCAAUGUAAAUUAAAGGAAGAGGUAUAUUGUAUUUUACCAUCUUUUCCAGGAUGUAACAUUUUUAAUUCUAUUUUUCCUUUCAGCUGAAUUCCAUCCGUUUCUCAACAUUUUUUAAGGAAGAAUCAGUAUUUCAGGGAUAUUCUGAACUUACUGUUGUUGUGGUGGAUAUAUGAUCUGAUUUUAAAUAACAGGCAUAAAAGUAUCU